CUCGCUGGCGCCAUCUUUUUGAAUCCCUGAUCAUUAUUGACCUUCUUAUUCCCACUAUUGCCGAUCAUGUGUCUGUUUUCGUUUCGGCCAGAGCGACUGUUCUACGCCUGAACUCAUCCGAACAAUCGGAAGUCAGCUUCCCCGAUAAGCAGCCAUGCGCGAGUUGGUGCACAUCCAGGGUGGCCAGUGCGGCAACCAGAUCGGGGCAAUACGGGGCCAAAAGUAUACACCACCACCACCUCCUUCACCCUUUCCUUCUACCAGGAAAGAGGGGAGCAAGAGGAGAUAGAGGAGGGAGGAGGAACCGACGUGGUGGUAAUGCUUAUGUUUGUGGCCCGCAGGCAAAGUUCUGGGAAGUAAUUUCGGAUGAACAUGGUAUAGAUCCUACAGGCACUUAUCAUGGAGAUUCCGACCUCCAGCUCGAGCGCAUCAACGUCUACUACAAUGAGGCCACAGGGGGCCGUUAUGUUCCGCGCGCCGUGCUGAUGGAUUUGGAGCCAGGCACCAUGGACAGCGUCCGUGCUGGACCUUUUGGGCAGCUUUUCCGUCCGGACAACUUCUGCGGUGGCGGAUUUGGUCAGACUGGCGCAGGUAAUAAUUGGGCAAAGGGUCAUUAUACGGAGGGCGCCGAAUUGAUCGACAGCGUGUUGGAUGUGGUCCGCAAGGAAGCAGAGGGAUGUGAUUGCCUUCAAGGGUUUCAAAUGUGUCAUUCACUCGGAGGCGGCACUGGAGCUGGCAUGGGGACGUUGCUCAUUUCCAAGGUGAGAGAGGAAUAUCCCGACAGGAUCAUGGAGACGUUCAGUAUCAUUCCGUCCCCAAAGGUUAGCGACACGGUCGUGGAACCAUAUAAUGCGGUAUUGUCUUUCCACCAGUUGGUGGAGAAUGCCGACGAGUGCUUCUUGCUUGACAACGAGGCCCUUUAUGACAUAUGUUUCCGUACGCUGAAGCUCACCACGCCCACGUAUGGGGAUUUGAACCACUUGGUGAGUGCAGCGAUCAGUGGUGUCACUACUUGCUUGCGCUUCCCGGGGCAGCUCAACUGCGACCUGCGCAAGAUUGCUGUGAACCUGAUACCGUUUCCGCGCCUGCACUUUUUCAUGACUGGCUUCGCGCCCCUCACUUCCCGUGGCUCCCAGCAGUAUCGCGCGCUGACCGUGCCGGAGCUCACGCAACAAAUGUUCGAUGCCAAAAAUAUGAUGUGUGCAGCUGACCCUCGCCAUGGCCGCUACCUGACCGCGGCGGCCUUGUUCCGCGGUCGCAUGUCCACCAAGGAGGUCGACGAACAGAUGCUUAAUGUGCAGAACAAAAAUUCUUCAUACUUUGUGGAGUGGAUUCCGAACAACAUCAAGGCCUCUGUGUGCGACAUCCCCCCAAAGGGCCUCAAGAUGGCAGUUGCCUUCGCAGGUAAUUCAACAGCCAUUCAGGAAAUGUUUAAGCGUGUAGCAGAGUAUUUUACGGCGAUGUUCCGGCGCAAGGCUUUCUUGCACUGGUACACCGGCGAAGGCAUGGACGAGAUGGAGUUCACCGAGGCGGAGAGCAACAUGAACGACCUUGUCUCGGAGUACCAGCAGUACCAGGAUGCUACUGCGGAGGAGGAGGGCGAGUUCGAUGAGGAGGAGGACGGCGAACAGUGAGGUGCUUCUCGGGUUUUCCGCGCGCACCUGACCUUGCUUGUUUUUGGCCUUCGAAUAACCGACGGGCCGAUGCAUGCGUGCAAGGAAGCAACUCGUGAGAGAAUCCAGGAGAACAUAUGUCUUCUCGAAAGGAGUCGAAGGAACCAUGCUGGUACAAUUCAAGUAGCUGUCCAGCGAGAGUUCCGUUCUGGGAAGAAUCCGCC